AUGCUCAAACACCGUUGGCUGCUGUCAUUGCUUGUGACAUCACUCGUUAUUACCGUGAUGGUGAUUGGGGUAAUGGCUGAUGAAACCACUCACAGAUAUGAAGUUGGAGAAUCGGUUACUUUAUGGGCAAAUCAUGUUGGACCACACUAUAACCCGUUAGAAACAUAUCCAUAUUAUGAAUCACAUGUUCCUGUUUGCAAACCAAAUGAUCCUACAAGGGGUGAAUUUAAAUUGGAAUAUAAAUCACUGUCGCUUGGAGAGGCUCUGCAAGGACAAGACCUUGUAAAAGUCUACGGAAUUGAAACGAUAUUCAGAAAGAAUACUCCGAUUACACGUCUAUGCAAAAUGCCAUUAACUCAGAAGGAAAUACAACAAUACAUUUAUGCUAUCGACAAUCAAUAUUGGUAUCAAUAUUAUCUAGAUGAUCUUCCAAUGUGGGCCAUGAUUGGAGGCUAUGCACUCACAAAGAAAGGCGACAAGAUUGAAAAAGUUCCUUUUGUUUAUACUCAUCAACUAUUUCAAAUUGAGUGGAAUGAAGAUCGAAUUAUUAGCGUAAAUUUAACAACAUCAAGAAGAAAGCCAUUAUUAGAAAACACAAACGAAAUUAGUUUUACCUACGAAGUAGUUUGGAAUCAAAAUACUAAGCUUCCUUUUGAGCAACGUUUUGAGUUAUAUCUCGAGCAAAAUUUCUUCCAACACAAGAUUCACUGGUUUUCCAUUAUUAACAGUUUUAUGAUGGUUUUGUUUUUGAGUGCAGUUGUUUUCAUGAUUUUAAUUAGAACUUUGCACAAGGACUUGGCUGCCCUUGAAAAACAUGCAAAAUCAAAACUUGGAGGAGACAUCGAAGUAGGAAAUGAAAGUGACAGUGAAUUCGAUAUUAUUGGAAGUGGAGACUCAUCUGACAGUGGCCCAUGGAAAAUGUUACAUGGAGAUGUUUUCCGCAAGCCAACAAAUCUCACUUUGUUGUGUGCAGUGUUGGGUACUGGUUUUCACUUGCUCUUUUUGGCUCUAUUUUUGAUUAUUCUCUCCAUUGCCAAUACAUGGCAUGAUACUCGUGGCGCUUUAUUGAGAGCAUUUGUCAUCAUGUAUUGUGUGACUAGUUUUAUUGGAGGAUAUUUCAGUGGUCAUUUCUAUUUGAAAUGGAAAGGAACUGGAGAUCGAUGGAUUAGAACUGCUCUUUGGACAGCUUGCAUUUUCCCAUUUACCGUAUUUUUGGUAUCCCUAUUGUUGAACUUUUUGGCUGUUUCUUAUAAUGCUCUCAUUGCUAUGCCAUUUACAACCAUGCUCACAGUAUUUGUUAUGUGGCUAUUUAUUACUUUACCAUUAACAUUUGUUGGUACCAUUGUUGGUAGAAAUUUCCCAUCCAAGACUGGACCAAAACCUCAUAAUUUCCCAUGUCAAGUCAAUCAGUUCCCAAGACCAAUUCCUUCAAAACCAUGGUAUUUGAGUCCUUUGAGCAUGUUUUUGUUUGGAGGAAUUUUGCCAUUUGGUAGUAUUUUUAUUGAGCUCUAUUUUGUCUUUACUUCAUUCUGGAAUUAUAAGUUUUACUAUGUAUAUGGAUUUUUACUUUUGGUAUUCCUCAUUCUGAUUGUGGUGAUUGCUUGCGUUUCAAUUGUCACUACAUUCUUCUUAUUGAAUUCUGAAGAUUGGAAGUGGGUGUGGCAUUGUGUGCUGGUUGGAACAAGUACUGGCUUUUAUGUAUUCCUCUACUCGAUUUACUUUUUGAACACAAAAACAAGAAUGCGAGGUCUAUUCCAACUCGUAUUCUACUACGGUAUUACGUUCAUGUUCUGUGCUGGUCUCUCAUUUAUGUGUGCAGCCAUUGCUUUUGCCGCCACCUAUAACUUUGUCAAGCGAAUCUACAAGGACAUCAAGGUGGAUUAA